UUGAAUUUAUAUAUGAAUUUACUUAGUAGUCAAUGAGCACAAAGUCAUUAGGUCGUUGAUAAUUAAAAAUAAUAAGAUAAUAGUUUAAAAUAUUGAGCUAAUGGCAGCGCGUUUGAUAACGUUUGAUAUGAUGUUGAUAUUAAUUGUAAUGAUAAUUAUAAUUUGACUUCUAAAGAUAACUUUGUUUUUUUAGUGAUAAAAAAUUGUUUUUGUAAUUAAAAUUAUGAUUUACAGAUAAUAUUUUAACAGACGGCGAAUGUUUUUUAUUUUAUUGCUACUUAAAAUGUCUAGAUGUCUGAAUGCUAGUUAAGUCUAGACGGUCUAGUUGAUGGUUCUGGGGAUCUGGGGUUAUUUUUUUUAUUGUGACAGGUGGUGAGUUAAUUUAACGUCGACAAAAAGGAUCAAAAUAAAUAAUCGACGCGGAACGAAAGACUGAAAUAGAGAGGAUUGAACAAGACAUCUAUUGUUUCCCAAUACAAUAAUAAUAUUUAAUAAUAAUAAUUAUAAUAAUACUGAAGCAAAAAUGGAAUCAGCUGGUACGCAGGGUAAAAAACAAAUUCGCGUGGGAUUUUAUGACAUCGAGGGUACGAUUGGUAAAGGAAACUUUGCAGUUGUCAAAUUGGCUCGGCAUCGUAUUACCAAAACGGAGGUUGCCAUUAAAAUAAUCGAUAAAACAAAAUUGGACUCGACAAACUUGGAAAAAGUGUACCGCGAAGUUGAAAUAAUGAAACAACUUGAGCACCCGCAUAUCGUUAAGUUAUACCAAGUUAUGGAAACAAAGAACAUGAUUUAUAUGGUGUGUGAGUACGCGAGUAAAGGCGAAAUAUUUGAUUAUAUUGCACGUUAUGGUAGAAUGGGCGAGUCUCGUGCACGUGCAACAUUUGCACAAAUUUUAUCAGCCGUCGAGUACUGUCACAAUACCGGUGUAGCUCAUCGUGAUUUAAAGGCCGAAAAUUUAUUGCUCGAUGAUCACAUGAACGUUAAAAUAGCAGACUUUGGGUUCAGUAAUCGAUUUGUACCCGGGGAAAGAUUGAGCACUUGGUGCGGCAGUCCGCCUUACGCUGCACCGGAAGUUUUUCGGGGCAAGCAUUAUGCUGGACCUGAGAUAGAUGUAUGGAGCUUAGGAGUUGUCUUGUACGUUUUGGUAUGCGGGGCUUUACCUUUUGACGGAUCUACUCUUCAGUCGCUGCGUGACCGUGUCCUGAGUGGUAGAUUUAGAAUUCCAUAUUUUAUGAGCAAUGAUUGCGAAAACUUAAUACGUAAGAUGUUAGUAUUAGAGCCAACAAAACGAUACACAAUUCCACAAAUAAAAAGGCAUCGUUGGCUUAUUGGUACUGCCGAUUCCGUUUGUCCAAUAAUUACGACGAUACCAUCAGCUCUACAAGAGCCCAACGAACAAAUAUUAAGAGUUAUGCAAAGUUUAGGAGUAGAGAUCCCUCGUAUCAAAGAUUCAUUGAAGAACAACAGCUACGAUCAUUCCGCUGCAAUAUAUUUUUUGCUGCUUGAAAGACUGAAGCAACACCAAAGAGACAACAUGACAACAAAUAACAGUAGCAGCGCGUGGACUGCAUCACGGGCUAGAGACGACAAGUUUAAGUCAAGAGCAAGAGAUGACGGGAGAAGUGGGAAAAGAUUCAGCUCAACGAGCUCAUCAACCGACGAAGGAUGUUGCAGCGCCGAGGGCGAUCUCGAAGAGGGUCCGAGUGGGGAUGAGCUUCGUGACGCACAAAUAAAACUCCAGGAGCAUAGACUGGGAUUAGAUCAAGACAUAAGCCAGCGAAUUGACAGCCAGAUAGUUAACCGCCGGCUAAGUGAUUAUCAGCAUCAUCACUUUGAUAACAUCCUUGAUCCCAUCGACCCUCCGUGCCGCACUACUAUCUUCGGCCCUGGAUGUGGCGGCAGCUCAUCCUCGGAUCUAUUCGAGUCAAGUUUCGAUUCCGGUUGCCCGUCUGACUUAACAAUUACCGGAUUUACAAGCAGUCUACCGUCGUGUACCCCACCUCCGCCCAAAAGUCCGUCACCGAUUGCCGCCAGGUUGUCAAGAACAGGACAAGGAAGGCGAGCAUCUGAUGGUGGACCUAGACUACUCUUUGGACAACAAAAUAAUUCUGCCGAACGACCUACCAAACAACGCAGCAUUCAAGAUUCAGGAAAAGCACGUGGGCAUUUAGAUCUGGUUCAUCUGCGCCCAAGCUCGACAUCACCAAGCCAGCAACCGUUUAAAAUACGCGCGGACUCUAGUAUGCAUCUCCAGUUGAUGGUGCAGCAGAGAAUGUUGCAGCAAAAAAGAAAUAUGUAUCACAGGCACCGUGGUGGUGUCAGUCCUACUCCACUGUCUAAUGUCGGUGACAGUGCAGUGUCUUCAGCCUCGUCAUCCUCAUUGUCAAGGCGCAAUAUCGCUGGCGAUCAUGUACCCAGACAGGACAGCUACAAAUUGGCGCAACGGAAACAAAUAUUGCCACCGCUGUCACAAGUUCAGGACGACAAUGACACUGAUGAAUUUGAACGCGAACGCGAGCGUGAAGAAGAACGAUGGAAAAGUUUGCCAUCGAGACUCGCAACUGACUGCCAAUUGGCUGAACGUACGAUGCUUUGGAGUCAACAGGUUGGUUUAAGUGGAGGUGCCUCGUAUCUACCUCCAGGAAGCAUCGGAGCAGGUUUCCUCUGGCCGGUUGGAGCCAACCCACAUGCGACGAUAUUCGAAAAUACCGGCGACCCAAUGGAGUAAAUUAUUAAUUUACGAUAUUAGAAUUACAGUACCGUCUCUUAUUACAUUGAGGCAAGAAGAAUUUUCAACACCGACAUAAUUACAAAUAAACCAUCCAUUUUAUUAAGUACGCUGUAAAAAAUUAAAGUGAUUACGGAUUUUAUUUAAAUCUGAAUUCUGACUCGGAGUAAAAAUAUUCAAAUAAACUCGCUUUAGUAAUAAAUUUUACUCCGAACCAGAGUUUUAACACUAAAAGAAACUUUUUUUAGGAGUAAAUUUUACUCCAAGAGGAUUAAAAAAAGUCAUCUACUUCGCAGUAACUCUGGUUCAGGGUUUAAAUUUUAAAAUAAACUUCUAGGAGGAAAUUUUACUCCGAACCAGAGUUUCAAUAUUAAAAUAAACUCCCCUUCGGAGUAAAUUUUGUUCCAAGGAAAUAAAAUAAAAAGUCAUCCGCUCCACGUUCACUGAAAAUUUUUUACAGUGUAAAUUGUCAAGAUUGUUUAGUUUGUUUUACUGGAUUAUUAAUAUCUUGUCUUUAUCCGAGAGUACGAGUAGGAAAAUUUAUUUAUAAACAAUAAUAAUAAUAAUAAAACGAUGUUCGAUUGCUAUAAAUAUCAUCCCCUGUCUUAUCAUAAUAAAAGAUAAAAAAAGAAAAAUCGACUGAGGAAUUCAAAUCAUCGCAUGU